AUGGCAAUCAGCGACUGGCCUGGGCAUUCGGCUAUUGUCGAAGACGGCAAGAAGCGGGAGCUGGCGCCUCCAGAUAUUGCGGCAGUCGAUCGAUCCGACAACAGGCCUUCCGGUACAUACGUAGCGAUUCCCAUUUCGACGGAGCCCAUGGCAUCCCGGAGCAAACGAUCGUGGCUUCGACGAUAUUGGAUUUUUGUGCUCGCGAUGGCCAUCCUCAUCGUUGGUGGCAUCAUUGCUGGUGCCGUUGGGGGGAUCACUGCUUCUCAUCAGGCAGAACAGAGGGGUUCCACCUGA